AUCGCGGUACAGUGUGUGAUACCCAGUAACACACAUCCAUAUCAGGUCGUGAUAGACGUAUCAAGAACGGAAUCAAAGAUAUCUCGUAUUUUCGUUACGCGAGAGUGCUUGAAUAAAUUGUGACUGGGUGGUAAUUGUAACCGAUUGUAACGCGAUCGUUGUACAACUAAUAGUGUAUCGAGAUUUCAACGAGAUAUAUAAUAUGUUGAUCAGAUGUAGGUCACUGACAUCUUUUUGUUAAUUAUCCCGGGAGAGAUUUUGCUGUGUUAAAUUGAAAAUUGCGCGUAUCAAUCGAGGAAACAAUAGAGGACGUACAGUAAAUCAAGAAUCAAGUCAGCAGACUCUCAUAACUUCCUUGAACUCAGACAGUUUUACACACAUUCGUCAAAGUGCCGGACAAAUUGUCAGAGGUUCUGGGUGAUGUCCUGGAAUUAUGCGGCGGAUGCGGAAGCAGCGAUGAUAGUGCUGCAACUGGCGAUAAAAACAUGUCAGACAAAAAGAAAGCAUCGAGCGGAAGCGCGGCUACUAAGAUCGGCGCAAUGACAGGAAUAGCGAUGAUUAAGGGUAAAUGGGUCCCAAAAGGCAGGCGAUGGCAGCUCAUUGCUAAUACCGAUAGUGGCGACAGUACAACUUCGACCAGUUUGGAGUCAAUCGUCACGAAGGAGCAACAAACGGUGCAAUCGUUGGUAACCGAAUCGGGCUUACCCCAUCAAAGUCGCAGUGAUCCAAGCGAUGAUAAAAGUAGCGGUGAAACAUUGCCUAGAAAAUCGUCUAUCAACCUGCAAACCUUGCUAAAGGGUGCAUCUUGCUCUUCAAAUUAUCGGAGAUCAUCGUCUCAAAUCAGAACAUUUGAUCCAAAUGGACGGCAUCAACAUGAAUCUUUACAUGCCGCUUCUUCGUAUCCACCUGGUAGAAGCUCGAGAUCUCCUUCGCCAGCCCGUGCUGCGUCCUUGGAUGCACGUUGUGCAAGUUCUGUCAGUUAUACGGGCAACCUGCUAAGUGGAAAUGCCUCACCUGCACAGACCUCUUCAUCCGUAGCAACGGGUAUAAGUUCCACUUACGGAUCUUCACAGAAAAAUGCCGUUCAAGGUACUUCCAAACAGACCAGACGUUGCUUAUCGCCCCUUCUCAUCCCAUCGUCCCCACAUGUUUGUAUAAGCAGCGACGUUAGUCCUAUGCCGCCUGCUUCUCCGCUUGGUUCUUUACAACCGGAUCUUUAUCAAAAACGUCCUGUCUUUCUUUGCGCUGCUGUCAGGCCAGCAAAGCAUUUGGGCAGGCUUCAUUUGCGUUUGAGAUAUGACUUUGAUAAAUCAGAUUUAGACGUGUAUUUGAUCGAGGCACACAAUCUCACAAGCAGCGACGAGGGUGGUUUUAAAGAUCCCUACGUUAGGGUGACUCUUAUCCCGGAAGUGGACAACAGGAAAAGACAAACACGAACGUAUCGAAAUAAUCCAAAUCCGGUUUUUGAUCAGCAUUUCAAAUUCCCCGUUAGCUACGAAGAAAUGCAGGAGAAGAUUCUAAUUUUGAAGGUACUUGAUAACGAUCGUUUUUCAAGAAACGAUAAUGUGGGUUCGGUAAAAUUAGCCAUGGAUACCCUCGAAUUACCAUCUACUUCCUCGCUAGAAGUUUGGGGUGAAAUAACGAGUGAAGAAAAACCACCAGAAGAAAUUCAAGAGAUUUUUGUUGCAUUAUCUUACUUACCGAGUGCUGAGAGACUCACGGUUCUCAUAAUGAAAGCUAGAAAUCUGUUUCCUGUACAGGACAGAGAAACAUUGGAUCCGUUUGCGAAAGUUAGUCUUCUCUGUGGACAAAGAAAAAUAAGAAAGAAAAAGAAAACAGCUGUUAGAAAGGCUACGGCACAUCCUGUUUGGAAUGAAGCAAUGUCAUUCGAUGUACCUGCCUCAUUAAUUGAAACGUCGGCUAUAGAGAUAUGCGUGAUGGACUCGAGCAGUGAAUUCGGCGGAAACGCUAUCAUUGGAUCCUGCAUCAUUGGGCCGGUUACAAGUGUGGAUAGAGGUAACAGUCAAGGACGAGAACAUUGGCUUCAAAUGACGCAGUCUCCGAGGAAGCAAAUUGCCGAGUGGCACACGCUACGCUAGUUUGAUCAUCGUUGCGAUCUAACCGUUAUUUGAUUGCCCGAAUAAAUUCACGUCCUUCAUCGAAGGAAUUACAAUCUAUAUCGUCAUGUUACGUCACAUAACAAAGAUCGAUAACGUAUGAAAAUUAUAGCGAUUGUAUGUAAAACGGCAAAAAAAAAAUAUGUAUUUCCCGUGUCUUAACAAAUAUAUAUAAAAAAAAAAAGA